AUGAGUAAAUUAAUAUAAUUGGCAUUCAAACCUCAGUAUUUUGCCACAAGAGUGCAAUCAAUCAAUAGCAAAGCCAAGGUAUUCACUGCUAUUGAUUUUUAUAAUAAUUUAUUACUGAAUACUCAAACAAAUUAGAAUGGAAGAUAUAAGUUUUAGACUAGUGAUGUAGGACAUUUUGUUAAUAUGGUUGAAAAGGAUAACAUUAAGGAGGCAAUUGAAGGAUUUAAUAAUAUAUUAGGACAUAAUAAUUAAGUGAAUUGCGGUAUUAAAGAUAAAUUUAUGCUUAAAUGUAUUGAAUUCGAUCAAACAAAAUAUGUUUUGGAUGCCUUGAAAUUUCAUUCAGCAAUUAGAUAUUUCCCUCAUCCUUCUGUGAUAAUCACAUUGGCUAAAAAACUUGAUAAUGAAGGAUUGAUUGAAUUAUUCAAAAUAUUGAAAACAAGUCCCUUUUUGAGAGUUGAUAGUGCCAAUCUUUCGAGUUUGAUCUAGGAUGAUCCAAAAAUAUCAUAUGAAGUUUAUAGAGUGGCUUUGUAGAAGAAUAUAAAAUUAUAACCUAAAGAUUUAUAUAGGAUUGCACGAUAGUUUUUAUCUGGCAAUAAAGUUAGAAAAGUUGGUUUUAUGACUUAAUUUGCAUAAGAAAAUGGUAACGAAAAUGACAUCUAUUCUUCAUUAAGUGUUUUAUUUACUCAUGUCUAUUUGACAAACAAACAAUAAGCUAUAGUUGAAUUAGCCAAAAUAAUUGAACACAAGGAUGGAUUGACCAUUUUGAAAGAGGAAGAGCAAUAUAUCAAACCACUCUUAGAAAUCUUAUAAAAAUAGGUGGAAAACGAUGAAAAAUGGAAACCAAGAUUAGAUGAAUUAAUAUCAAAGUUGAGUUGAUUUUAUAGAUCAAUGAAUAUAUAUUUAUAAUAUU